AUGGGGCUGCCCUGGCCCUUUGCUCCAUGGAGGACCCCGGCCGCUGCCCAGGCGCCAGGGCAGGUGGGCUCCGGCUGUAGCAGGGCGCUUUUUGGACAGCCCCUGGCAGCCCUCUGCGGGGAGGACGGCUCCCUGCCCCGGCCCAUCCAGGAGAUACUGGCUGUCCUGCACCGGGAAGGACCGUCGACAGAAGGCAUAUUCCGAAGAGCUGCCAGCGGCACAGAAUUUCGGGAGCUGCGAGAGGCCCUGGACCGCGGCGCUGACGUCGACCUGGGCAGCCAGCCUGCGCUGCUGCUGGCCGUCAUCUUGAAGGACUUUCUCCGAAGCAUCCCCGCCAAGCUCCUCGUGACAGACCUCUACGAGGACUGGAUGGCGGCAAUGCAGAAGACCAGCAAGGAGGAGAAGAUGGAAGAGCUGAAAGCGGUGGCCGAGAAGUUGCCUGCAGCCAACCUCCUCCUCCUCAAGCGGCUGCUGGCCCUGCUCCAGCACAUCGGCCACAACGCCUCCACCAGCAGAAUGACCGCCAGCAACCUGGCCAUCUGCCUUGGGCCAAACCUCCUGAGCCCACCUAACGAGGACCUGCUGCCCCUCGAGGCCAUGCUGGCGGUCACUGAGAAGGUGAACGUGCUGGUGUUGUUUAUGAUUGAACGCUGCGGUGAUAUCUUUGGGGAGGAGAUGGAUGGCCGCUCCUGUCCAUCAGACGGGGAGUCGCCAGCACCCACGGACGGAGCCACAGACCUGCAUUUGGAAGAGCAAAGCGGCCCUGCAGGCAGACCAGACCAGGACCACCAGGCAGAAGCCAUUCUGCAUGCAUCCCCCUCUCUGGACAUCUUCAAAGAAGCUGGGGGAGACACGGUGGUGGAGUCCGAAAUGGCAGAGGCACCCGUUGCUUUGGCUCCAACCACCCCAGGGACCACAGUAGACUCCCUGGGAUGCGCAGAAGAACUAAAGAGCCUUUCAGAGGAAAGAAGGUUUGCAGGCUCCCCCCAGGAAAGGGAAAACCAAAAAAAAAGAAAGAGAAAAGAGGUCUGGGCAGACGAGAAGGAAUGCCAACGAGAAAAGAAAAGAAGGAAGGCAGAAAGAGAUGGGGACUUAAAAGAAGCAGGAAGGUCCAGCAGGUCAAGAAGCCCAGGUGUGUACCAGGCUCUGCUGCCCAUCUUUCCCAGCUCUCAGCACUGCUCCAAGUCAGUCCAACCUAAUGGCAAGGGACGGCGAGGGAUGGUGCUGCGCAGGGCUUGGAAAUAACUCCGUGGCCGCUCCCCAGGGGCUCCCCAUCGAGCCCUGCUGCGUGGCACGGGGGCCCUGUGCAUCUCUGCACGCACGCAGCUCUCUAAGGGCAUUACCCGUGGGGAUAAGGUGCCAGAGCCGUCCCCUAGUCAAUGCCAGCCAUAGUUCUCUCUUCUGGUCUAUAUGAACAAUUCCUCGUCAACGGUGUUCCCCAAAGAAAGGGGAACCGAGUCAUGCCUAUUCCUGCCUUUGUGGGUUUAUCAGUGUUCUCUGUCAUUGUAGGUGCUGUUUUCCUAUUACAGGUUGAACCCCUGUGACUCCUGGGCUCGCCCCCCGCCGCAGUUGAUGUUUGCAAUAAAAUGAUCUUUUCUCUCUUC